GCCGCCCGCGACGCACCGAAACCGCGACGCCGGCCAGACGCAAGCAAGUGAAUCUCGCCGAAAUCACGCGUCGUCGUCAUCGUCCAGGCGUCCAGCUUAGCUGCCUACUCGUCUGCCUAGCCUAGGGAAGGUGCUACCGCUGAUCGACGGCGCAUAACGUUGCAGCAGUUGGUCCGUGGCGGUUCACGUCGUCGUUUUGGUCGCCGAGUUCGUUGUCAUCGCCCGCGCAGCGCACGCAGUUCGUAUCUACGUAGAGGAAUCGAAAGCGCAUUUUUGGGUGCUUUGGUGUGGAUACCGUUAGAAAUUGCGCCGCCUCGCAGUCGUAAAUCGCGGUCCGUUUCGGGUUGGUUUCGAUUUUAUUUUAUUGUGUCAGCAGCGGAGGCAGCAGCGGUUCGGUCGCUGUGCAAGUGAUAACCUCAGCCGGUUGGGGGUUGUGAUUUUGUGAUUGUGAGAGGUGAAAAUACUACCUACAGACCACCAUGGCAGUGCUAGUGUAUGUCGCUGUGGUGCUGGCGAUCGCCGUACUGAUUUUCUUCUUCAUGAAGUCGUCGAAGGAGAUGCCCAAAAAUUGGUCCCAAUUCGUGUCGGAGAUGAAGGUUCAGCAGUGCGGAUUUGUUGGAAUUGUGGAGGAUAUUCUGCUACGUGGGUCCAACAAAGUCAAACUGUACAAACAACCGGGAAAAAUUGCCCUCAUCACCGGUGGAAAUCGCGGUAUCGGAUUGCGGAUCGUAAAAAAGCUCGUCGAGUGCGACAUCGAAGUGAUAUUAGGUGUCCGCAAUCCAACGGAAGCGAAAAAAGUGGUCGAGAAAUACCUGGAGCACAGCAAGCUGGCCUCGGGAGCAAAGUUGCACUAUGAGCAGCUGGACAUCGGAAGCAUGAAAUCGGUUCGGACGUUUGCCGGAAAAAUCCAGUCCAAGUUCGAUAAAAUCCAUAUCCUCAUCAAUAACGCCGGCGUUAUGUGCGUCCCAUUCAAACUGACCGAGGAAGGUUUCGAGUCCCACAUGGCCAUCAACCACUACGGCCACUUCCUCCUGACGCAUUUACUGCUACCUCAGCUCCGUGCUGCCGGAACGGCGGACUGCCGGGCCCGAAUUGUCAACGUGUCGUCCUGUGUGAACAAAAUCGGUGAAAUGAACUACAAUGACAUCAAUAUGACCAAAAACUACUAUCCCGCGGAAGCGUAUAACCAGAGCAAGCUGGCCCAGGUCCUGUUCACCAAGCACAUCAACCUGCAGUUCGAGGAAGACGAGGAACCAAUCCAGUCGCACUCGUUGCACCCCGGGGUCGUCAAUACCGAUCUGUUCGAACACUCGAGCACCACCUACGUCCCGUGGGUUCGGCAGCUGCUUUUCAAGAACCCCGAGCAGGGAUCCCGCACCGUGAUGUACGCAGCCAUCGCACCGGAACUGGAGGGCAAAGGUGGAACCUACCUGAGCAACUGCCGCGUCGCGUCCUGCCAUCGCUUCUGGAAGAACUCGGUCCAGUGCGACAAGCUGUUCCAGUUCACCUGUGAUACGCUAGGAAUUAAGGACUUUUUCCACAAGGCCAAGUAGAAGUGUGGGGAGGGAUGGUGAGGUGGUGGGAGGUUUGUCCUUUCGGCAGCCGGUGGGUGAGCCGGAAGGAUAAGCUCUCCGAGAAGCGAUGCAAUUUAUUCAGUUAUGUGUUUGUACUUACGGUGGCUGCUGCUGCUGAUGCUACAUCCUCGUUCUGUUAACAAAACAACAAAAACCGUCAGCACAAAUAGAGAUAUUCAUUCUAUUACCGUCCCGAGUAGAGGAAGUGAACGUUAGAGAAAAUAGGUUAUUUUUGUAAAAUAACUGCUGACAUGAAUGGGUUUAGUCAUAUCAUCAACACAUCAAUACUAUAAUUUGAAAAUCCUUUUGAAACUUUGUUUUCCAAUGACCAAGUAUGUGUUUGUAUCAAUAAAAGAUAAUAAGAAACAAA